UAGCUGGGUCAAAUGGGACUUCCGGUCCUAGUUCUUUGAGGUAUCUCCGUACUGAUUUCCACAGUGGUGCACGAGUCUGCACUCCCGGUGUGGGUUUUUUGUUUUUUUUUUAAGUCAACAAAUAUCAAGCACCAACUGUGCAUCAGGCACAGUUCUAGGCGCUCAGCAGCUACAAAGUCUGGUGUCCCUGGUCUCUGCGUGCUCUUCCCUCCAGAACCUUCCAUGGAGUUCGGGCUGCUCCCCGAGGCGGAGGCCCGCAGCCCCGCGCUGUCGCUGUCGGACGCGGGCACUCCGCACCCUCCUCUCCCGGAGCACAGCUGCAAGGGCCCGGAGCACAGCGACUCGGAGAAGGCCUCAGCCUCGCUGCCCGGAGGCUCCCCCGAGGACGGCUCGCUGAAGAAGAAGCAGCGGCGGCAGCGCACGCACUUCACCAGCCAGCAGCUGCAGGAGCUGGAGGCGACCUUCCAGAGGAACCGCUACCCGGACAUGAGCACGCGCGAGGAGAUCGCCGUGUGGACCAAUCUCACCGAGGCUCGCGUGCGGGUGUGGUUCAAGAACCGGCGCGCCAAGUGGCGCAAGCGCGAGCGCAGCCAGCAGGCCGAGCUCUGCAAGGGCGGCUUCGCGGCGCCGCUCGGUGGGCUGGUGCCGCCCUACGAGGACGUGUACCCCGGCUACGCCUACGGCAACUGGCCGCCCAAGGCGCUCGCGCCGCCGCUCGCCGCCAAGACCUUCCCGUUCGCCUUCAACUCGGUCAACGUGGGGCCGCUGGCUUCGCAGCCCGUCUUCUCGCCGCCCAGCUCCAUCGCCGCCUCCAUGGUGCCGGCAGCCGCGCCCGCGCCCGGCGCCGUGCCCGGCCCCGCAGCCCUGCAGGGCCUGGGCGGGGGGCCCCCCGGGCUGGCGCCGGCCGCCGUGUCCUCCACGGCCGUGUCCUGCCCGUACGCCUCGGCGCCCUACGUGUACCGGGACCCGUGUAACUCGAGCCUGGCCAGCCUGCGGCUCAAGGCCAAGCAGCACGCCUCCUUCAGCUACCCCGCCGUGCCCGGGCCGCCCCCGGCCGCCAACCUCAGCCCGUGCCAGUACGCCGUGGAGCGGCCCGUCUGAGCGCCCCGGGGCUCCUGAAGGCGGCGCCCGUCCGCGGCGACCGGGUCGUCUGCGCGGGCCUGCUCCCGCCGCGGGUCUGGGGAGGGGGUUCCGGGGGCCCUUCCCCGGCCGGACCGCGCCCGGGGACUGAGGCCAGGAACAGGGGCCAGCUCCCGGGGUCAGCUGCUCCAGACGCCCCAUCCCGUUUGCAAAGGUAAAUGAAAUAAACGUGCGCGGACUGUGAACCUGCUGACUCGAGUUGCGGUUGACCUCUCUCGUCCUUCUCCCCCACGGCCUAAAGAGAGAUGGAUGUGCCAGGACGAGGCGAGGGCCCAGGCCCAGGCCCUGACUCCCCUCCUCCGAGGCGGGAGCAGCGAAGGGCGCGCGGGUGCCUCCAGCUCGGGGCACGUCGGCAAAGCCGGUGCUGCGGCGCCACCUCGCGGUCUCAGGGAGGACAGCUGGUCGGUCCGGGCUCCAGCGCGUAUUUGCAGGGAUCAAUUCGGCAGUUUAGGACGCCUCUGCCUAGAUAACUACUCCGCCGUUCAGCACCUCUUUCUCACUGUUCCAUGAGGGGCAUGGGCCCCGAACAGCAAUAAAAUUCUGGUCUGUAACAGACAUUUAUUAAGUGCCUACCAGGCCUAGGAUUCUUAUUGUCUCUCUGUGUGUGCCUCCUCUCCUUCCACUCCCUCAGGAUGCCCAUCGCCCAGCUGCCAAGACUUCUCCCAUCCCAGAAGCCCCUCCCUCCUUCUUCCCGAUCCCCUCCAAAUCUUGUCCACACCAUUCAUUUUUGUUUUGUUUUGUUUGAGACAGGGUCUCA